GUCAAUCAAGGAUGCAGUGAUGGCAGGCGGUGGUAUCAAAUAUUUGCUAAAAAACGAUGGGUUCUAUUAGAAAACUGUUAUUUCGAAGUAUCAAAAACCGCUUACGAGCUGGUGUACAACUAGCAAAAGGUCGCAGUGCUCAAGUGACGAAACCUAAACGCGUGCAAACAGUGGUCUCAUGAAAGACAAAGUGGUGCCCAGAAAAACCACUAGAACUGCUGGAUUUCAAGCUCUGCGAGGGAUCAGACGACUAGCGCCAUGUCAGGAACCGCUGGUUCAAGCAGCAGUGCAGCCCUCGGAGGGCUCGGGGGCUCCUUGGAAGACAAGGACUGCGAGCUAUUAUGUCCGGUCUGCUUUGAGCUCAUUGACGAGGCGUAUGUGACGAGAUGCGGUCACUCAUUCUGCUACGCCUGUAUUGCCAAGAGUGUUGAACAACAUAGACGGUGUCCAAAAUGCGGCGCAGCAGUCGCCAGCCGCGACCACAUGUUCCCAAACUUUAUGCUCAACGAGCUGGUCGCGCGGCGGAGGCUGCGCGCCGCUCGGCCUCCCUCGCAGGCCUCCGAGGGGGGCGACGCCGCGAGGCUGCGGGCGCUGCUCGCAGCGGAGAGCGCGCGGCUGGCAAUGCCUGACGUCGAGCUUAUGUUAGAGGUGCUAACGCGGAGAAAGCGUUUACUCGAAGCUGAAUCAGCGGCCGCGCACCACCGUCUCCUGUACGAGUUCCUGGCACAGCUGCACCGGCACCGGCAGCAGCAGCUCCAACAGCUCGCUCGUGAAGCGGCCCUGGUCCAGGCCGACAUGGAGCACGUGGCCGGCACGCUGCGGCUGCUGGCACAGCUGCACCGGCACCGGCAGCAGCAGCUCCAGCAGCUCGCUCGUGAAGCGGCCCUGGUCCAGGCCGACAUGGAGCACGUGGCCGGCACGCUGCGGCUGCACCGGCAUCGCCAGCAGCAGCUCCAGCAGCUCGCUCGUGAAGCGGCCCUGGUCCAGGCCGACAUGGAGCACGUGGCCGGCACGCUGCGGCUGCACCGGCACCGGCAGCAGCAGCUCGCUCGUGAAGCGGCCCUGGUCCAGGCCGACAUGGAGCACGUGGCCGGCACGCUGCGGCUGCACCGGCACCGGCAGCAGCAGCUCCAGCAGCUCGCUCGUGAAGCGGCCCUGGUCCAGGCCGACAUGGAGCACGUGGCCGGCACGCUGCGGCUGCACCGGCACCGGCAGCAGCAGCUCCAGCAGCUCGCUCGUGAAGCGGCCCUGGUCCAGGCCGACAUGGAGCACGUGGCCGGCACGCUGCGGCUGCACCGGCAUCGCCAGCAGCAGCUCCAGCAGCUCGCUCGUGAAGCGGCCCUGGUCCAGGCCGACAUGGAGCACGUGGCCGGCACGCUGCGGCUGCACCGGCACCGGCAGCAGCAGCUCGCUCGUGAAGCGGCCCUGGUCCAGGCCGACAUGGAGCACGUGGCCGGCACGCUGCGGCUGCACCGGCACCGGCAGCAGCAGCUCCAGCAGCUCGCUCGUGAAGCGGCCCUGGUCCAGGCCGACAUGGAGCACGUGGCCGGCACGCUGCGGCUGCACCGGCACCGGCAGCAGCAGCUCCAGCAGCUCGCUCGUGAAGCGGCCCUGGUCCAGGCCGACAUGGAGCACGUGGCCGGCACGCUGCGGCUGCACCGGCACCGGCAGCAGCAGCUCCAGCAGCUCGCUCGUGAAGCGGCCCUGGUCCAGGCCGACAUGGAGCACGUGGCCGGCACGCUGCGGGACUUAAAAGCGGGGGCCGCGGGCCUGGCCUCAUUUCCGACUGAAGACGGCGAGUCUGGACCGGCGUCAGAUGCUGUCAAAGCUCUAAGAAAGGAGCUAACGGAGCUGGCUGGUUCGGUGUCCGACAGCGCGGCGGCGCCACCGUCCCCGGACGACGAGGAGGGCUUCGCCGGCGCCGCGGGCGAGAACCCCCUGCACAAUAGCACGUUCAACAGAUGGCGCCGCCUGGUGGCGCACUUCGAGGACUUCGUGCAGUGUUACUUCGCGCACCGGGCGGACGAGCUUUACUUUCCCGCGCCCGCCGGCACGCCCGCUCCGCUAGUCACGUCCGCGCCGUCCGUCACCACCGUGGCGUCGGUCACUACCGUGGCUGGGCACGACGACCAGGUCCCGGACAACGAUCCUACCAGUAAGGACACUACUUGCUAUGUCCCCGCGCCCGCUAGCACGUCCGCUCCGCUCGUCACGUCCGCGCCGUCGGUCACCACCGUGGCGUCGGUCACUACCGUGGCUGGGCACGACGACCAGGUCCCGGACAACGAUCCUACCAGUAAGGACACUUCUUGCUAUGUCUCCGCGCCCGCUGGCACGCCCGCUCCGCUCGUCACGUCCGCGCCAUCGGUCACCACCGUGGCGUCGGUAACUACCGUGGCGUCGGUCACUACCGUGGCUGGACACGACGACCAGGUCCCGGACAACGAUCCUACCAGUAAGGGCACUACUUGCUACUUCCCCGCGCCCGCCGGCACGCCCGCUUACGAAAUAUUGAUUACAUCUUUAUUUUCAGCCACAGUGAAGCCCUCCUUCGUGAAUGGCGACCAGCGACUGCCUGAAGGCUCUCCCACUGAAGCCCCCCGCGCGCCGCCCGCGCCCUCCCCCUCGGCCACGCUCAGCAAGGGCGAGGGCGGGGGAGGGGGCUUGGACGCCUUCAGAGAGGACCUCGUCGCCUUCACUAGAUAUAGGGCGCUGAGGCCGCUUGCAACACUAUCGUAUUCCAGCGACGCCAUCAAUUACUCGACCAUAGUAUCAACGAUAGAGUUCGACAAAGACGAAGAAUUCUUCGCCAUCGCCGGCGUGACGAAGCGGAUCAAGGUGUUCGAAUACGAGGCAGUGGUCCGUGACGCCGUGGACGUGCACUACCCCUGCGCUGAGAUGCAGUGCGCUCAUAAAAUUAGCUGCGUGUCGUGGAACGCGUAUCACAAGAAUGUGCUGGCGUCCGCAGACUACGAAGGCACAGUAGCGGUGUGGGACGCGGGCACCGGCCAGCGCACGCGAGCGCUACUAGAGCACGACAAGCGCUGCUGGUCCGUGCACUUCAACCGUGCUGACGUGCGGCUGCUAGCUAGUGGCUCUGACGAUGCGCGCGUCAAGCUGUGGGCGCUCAACGCUGAGAGAUCGGUGGCAACACUAGAGGCGCGCUUCAACGUGUGCUGCGUGCGAUUCAACCCCCGUUCCUCAUGCCACCUGGCGUUCGGCUCGGCCGACCACUGCGUGCACUACUACGACCUCAGGGCCCCCAGGGCGCCCCUAGCCGUGUUCAGGGACCACAGGAAAGCGGUGUCGUACGUGAAGUUCUUGGACGCACGAACGCUAGUGUCCGCCUCGACAGACUCACAACUUAAACUGUGGAAGGUGGAAUCGCCCCGCUGCGUGCGCUCGUUUACCGGCCACGCAAACGAGAAGAACUUCGUCGGCCUCGCGACGGAGGCCAGCGGGCGCUACGUGGCCUGCGGCUCCGAGAACAACGCGCUCUACGUGUACUACGCGGGCCUGUCCAAGCCCCUGCUCGCGCACCGCUUCGACGCUGUGCGGGGGUUCCUGGAGAGAGGCGAAAGGCGCGAAGACGAGCCCUCAGAGUUCGUAUCGGCGGUGUGCUGGCGACGCGCGCCGCCCUCCGAGAGACAAGUACUCCUCGCGGCUAACAGUCAAGGCACAAUCAAAGUACUAGAACUUGUGUAGUCUGCCUAGGUUUCCUCGAAGAACGAAUUUAAGUUCUACAAAAACUGUACAGGUUUUGAAAGGGACUUGGAGUUGCAAGCGUUAUAACCUCUAGCCGCCCAGUGGCCUAUAAAAAGGUCUCCUAUUCCAUUCUAAUUUGAACUUUGUGUUGACAACAUAAAAUUUAAUUUCGCUUGGCAAGGUUUGACGUAUGGGCGGCUAGAGGAUAUAAUAUCACCCAUUACGAAAGGGUCUCUUUAAUGUAAAAAUUCUAAAUGUUUCCAGAAUCGAAUAACACAGAUCGUGACUACGUUGAAAAAAAAUCUUAUCUUGUUCUGUCUAUCAAAAGAAAAAUGUCUGCGAACGCAUGUAGUGUUACUGCGUUUUACUUUGGCCAUAGCCCAUAAAUUUGGUCGUGUAGGUGUUCAUACAAUAGGGAGUAUUUCUGCAAUGUUCUGCCGCCAGAGUGCAGCACUAAUUUGUUUAGUAAACCAUAGAGUAACUUUUAAUUAUACAUCAUCAUCAUCAUUUCAGCCUAUUUACGUCCCACUGCUGGGCACAGGCAUCCUCUCGUGCGCGAGAGGGCUUGGGCUAUAGUCCUCACGCUAGCCCAAUGCGGAUUGGGGACUUCUUACUUUUUUUAACUUUUUACUUUUUACUUUUUUUAACUUCUUACUUUUUACUUUUUUUAACUUAUACAUACCACGCCUUAAAAUAGUUAUUUACGAUACAAGUGCGAAAAAGAGGAAAUUCGAAACGAGUGGCGAUAAAUUAAAACACGACCGAAGGGAGUGUUUUAAAUCGACACGAGUUGCGAAUUACCUAUUCGCACGUGUAUCGUACAACGUUUUACAGUACAUAUGGCCCUUUAAACUUUUGACAUCGCACGAAAAGUGCUAUUUUACGCACUAGUGCGGAAAAAUAGGACCAUAUGUACUGUAAAGUUCUUUGACAAGUUUUCACUAUGACUUUGAUCAAGGCGGUUUGUUUACUUUAUCUGCCUCUCUAUCGAUCGAAUAAGCAAGAGUGAUAGAGAGGCAGAAACCGAACUUUCGAUUAUCGUGUUUCGCGGUAGGCCAUGUGAUUGACCUAGUGACGCAUGAUGUGUCAUUGAUGAUGUCAAUGAGGUUUACUGUAUGUGCUAGUGGUGCCACCUACGCAGAGCUUUGCCUAAUAUUCCCUAUUUAGCGAGCUGUAGUGAGUUUGCCACGAAAAGUACCCUAGUGUUGUGUCGCUAGAACCCCGUGCCUAUCCGUCUAUGUAUGUAAUAUAAGGUGCUAGAAGCGGGAGAGCGGACGUAUUGAGACCAUAGGGACCGUGCGCGUUAUAGGGUCUGCCAUCUUGUGGCCUGAAUCAGAAACAUAUGUGCACGUGUACAUUUCCAAAGCGAGUGCUACCAUCUACCGUUCUAGUCGGUACGUUUCCUAGUUGUCAAGCGGAUCCCAGGCUCCUAUGAGCCGUGGCAAAAUGCCGGGAUAACGCGAGGAAGAAGAAGAUCUAGUGUGCAAUCAAAAUUAUUGUUUUAUAUGAACCAGUACAGUACAGUACAUACUUCUUAUUACUGAGUUAUGUUGACUUUAAAAUGAUAGGAUGCGCUAAAACAUGUAUUCUUGUGGCGUUACUGGCCUGAAUUAGCCAUGAAUCGUAUGUCUUUAUCUGUCAUUUUGACUUAUGUAUUUGUAAAAAAGGGAUGAACCAAAAUUUAACUAAAUCAGACCCGUAAAGUUUUAUGAAUAAGGCCCACUUGCACCAUCCCACUAACCCGGGGUUAACCGGUUAAACCUGGAAUUGCCAUGGUUACCAGUACAAUUGGACACUAGGUUAACUGUUUAACCGCUUAACCCCAAGUUAGUGGGAUGUUGCAAGUGGGCCUAAGGGGGUCAGAUUAUAACUUUAACCGCCCGCUCUCCCGCUAGGCGCAACUGUGCCAAACGUAGUAAAUGUAAUGUGUAUGUGUAUAGAAAAGAAACUAUGUAUUAUAUGGGUACUUUCUAACUGUCUUGUAAGCAAUAUUAGACCUUACCCCUUAUACUAGACUUGAAUGUACGAUUGAGGUCACAAACAUAUUAACAGGCCAACGUUCCAAAAAUAUAUUUACUUACACGAACUUAUUGUCAGUAUCUUAGGGCUAGGGUUUGCACGACGGAUCCGAAUUGACAACAUUUCAAAAAUUUCAAUAUCCCUAAAUCGAAAACCAUUUCGAGAGGGGCUCCUGUAGAUUACAAAAAAAUAUAUUUUAUAUAUUUUUUAC